CUGGACAUGGAGCGCAGACGUGUCACCUCAGCGGCCAGACGCUCCUAUGUCUCCUCCUCAGAGACAGUGGGGGGGGGUCUGGGUCGCCACCUAGGGCCGGGCGCCCGCCUCUCCCUGGCGCGAAUGCCCCCUCCGCUCCCGGCCCCGCGGGUGGACUUCUCCCUGGCCGGGGCCCUCAAUGCCAGCUUCAAGGAGACCCGGGCCAGUGAGCGGGCUGAGAUGAUGGAGCUCAAUGACCGCUUUGCCAGCUACAUCGAGAAGGUGCGCUUCCUGGAGCAGCAGAACAAGGCGCUGGCCGCGGAGCUGAACCAGCUGCGAUCCAAGGAGCCCACCAAGCUAGCCGAUGUCUACCAGGCCGAGCUGCGCCAGCUGCGCCUUCGCCUGGACCAGCUCACCGCCAGCAACUCACGGCUCGAGGUGGAGAGAGACAACCUGGCGCAGGAGCUGGCCACCCUGCUGCAGAAGCUCCAGGAUGAGAGCUGCCUGAGGCUGGAGGCCGAGAACAACCUGGCCGCCUCUCGACAGGAGGCAGACGAAGCCGCCCUGGCCCGCUUAGAUCUGGAGAGGAAGGCUGAGUCUCUGGAGGAGGAGAUCCGGUUCCUGCAGAAGAUUCAUGAGGAGGAGGUCCGGGAGCUCCAGGAGCAGCUGGCCCAGCAGCAGGUCCACGUGGAGCUGGACGUCGCGAAGCCAGACCUCACAGCAGCCCUGAAGGAGAUCCGCACCCAGUACGAGGCAGUGGCGUCCAGCAACAUGCAUGAGGCGGAGGAGUGGUACCGGUCCAAGUUCACGGACUUGACCGAUGCGGCCGCCCGGAACUCCCAGCUGCUCCGCCAGGCCAAGCACGAGGCCAACGACUACCGGCGCCAGCUGCAGGCCCUGACCUGCGACCUGGAGUCCCUGCGUGGCACGAACGAGUCCCUGGAGAGGCAGAUGCGAGAACAGGAGGAGCGCCACGCGCGGGAGGCGGCCAGUUACCAGGAGGCGCUGGCCCGGCUGGAGGAGGAGGGACAGAGCCUCAAGGACGAGAUGGCCCGCCACCUGCAGGAGUACCAAGAGCUGCUUAACGUCAAGCUGGCCCUGGACAUCGAGAUCGCCACGUACAGGAAGCUGCUGGAGGGCGAGGAGAACCGCAUCACCAUUCCCGUGCAAACCUUCUCCAAUCUACAGAUCCGAGGGGACAAAAGCACCAGAGAAGGGGAAGGUCCCAAGGUCACAAGACACCUCAAAAGGCUUACAGUCCAAGUUAUACCAAUUGAGAUGCCCCCCAUGGUAAAGGGGCCCCUGCAGGCUCUAGAAACCAGCCUGGACACCAAGUCCUUGUCUGAGGGCCACCUCAAGAGGAACAUCGUGGUGAAGACGGUGGAGAUGCGGGACGGAGAGGUCAUCAAGGAGACCACGCAGGAGCACAAGGAUGUGAAGUAACACAGGACCCCCUGGUGGCCCCUGCCCCCACAAGGCGGGGGCCUGUAGCACACAGCAGGGGAGCUGCUCCCCGCCUGUUAACUAAUCUCCCAGACCGCACACCUACCCUCCCCAUCUCUAUGCUUCUUUGCCAGCUUCCGCCUCAGGCCCCAUCCGCAUUAGGCAUGCCAGACGGCACCCGUGGGCACCCAGCCGCACCAACUACUGGCAUGAAUGCUGGGAGCUGCCUGUCCUGUACUCACCCACUCCCAAGGGGCACACCUGCAGGGCCUGGCCAGCAGCUCGGGUUUGGAUUGGGGUCAGGGGAGAAGGGGGGCAUGGCCAGCAGCUUGGCUUAGAAUUGGGAGGGAGAGGAGAUGUGGGGGGGAGCAGGGGGACCUGAUAAAGCACCCUUCAUAUCCCCAAUACUUGUUGUUAUGGCAACUGUUGCCAGAGCUGGUCUCAGCAGCGUGUGUCUGGGAACUGGGUCUCUGAGAGUCCUCCGGCGGCUGGAGGAAAACCGUGACUCCGGGAUGGGAAGGGUGGGGGGAGGCCCCGCAGGCCAGGAAGCCUGGGCCAGAGGCUGCUGCUUCCAGUUGGCCCUGGCCAGCCUGAGAGAAGUGGGCUUGUCCUAUCACUUGGCAUGGUCACCAGACAGAGUUCCCAGGCUGCCCAGGUCUCAGAGAGGCUCCACUGAGCCACCUUCCAGGGAACCAACUGCUGGGAUCCUGAGGUGCGGAGGUGGGGGGCCGGGGAAGAGCAUUUGGGGAUGUGAGUGUAAGUGAAGAGGGAGGGGGCGUUGGGAGUUGAGAGGGCCUGCCUGGCUCUAGGUGUGGGCACAGAGAGACCUAGCCUAGCCUGCCCCUCCCGCCCCCCAUGCAGGCUGGAGGGAAUGCUGAUCAGGAUGGUGGGGGCUGUGGGUGGCACUUGGCCUCUGGGUCAUGGGAAUCAAGAAGUGACGUGUCUUGAAGAUGCUGCUGAACGGGGCGAGACACGGGGGCCAGCUUCGUCCCACUUCCCCUGGCAUCCGUCCCUCUGCAGCCAAGGCUGCUCUGAAGCCACACUGCACCACACCACAUCUGCCCCCUUCCCGGCGAUGGCUGCUUUCCCCCAAGGGGCUCCUGUGGCUUGCUCUCUCACACACGCUCUAGGCAGCACUCUGUCUUAGAGCCGUGAACUUGGAGAGCAGCCGCUCCGGGCACAUGCUGCCACCCUCAGCACCUACUCUGCUUUCCCAGGAAGACCGCGGUAGGAACACAAAUGUUCCUCAGCCCGAGAAGGCCUUCUCCAGGCUCCCCGUCCCCGCUUUAAGGCCACAGGUGGGGGGCCCUUCGCUGUUUCCCAAGCUGGCUGCCCUCUCCCCACAACUCUCCUGGCACCUGCUGCUAGCCUUCAGAGCACUGCCGCUGCCAUUAGUCAAGGAGGAAAAAUAAAGACAAAGGUCGUUGUGGCCA